GUGCUCUGUAUCCAUGACAGUCUUGUUGCGAAGCUAAUGCACUCAGUGUUAUGUAAACGUAUUUAGGAUUUAUCAUUUAGUGAUUCUUUUUCUUCUGUUAGCUCUCUCGAGAAUAUUAUAAAAGCUUUAAUGAAAUAGCUUUUAUUUCCUGAUCGCGAAAUGAAGCGAAGGAGAUCACAGCAGAGCUAGCGACGGGUUAGCCGAGGAGAUUAACGGUGCAGGCUGAGGGAGGUCAGCGUGCACAGUGAGUGCAUUAGCUGCUGGUCGGCUCUGAUUAUCGCAGUAUCACGUUAUCGCAGUUUGUUAUUCAGUUCUCAGUAAUGUGAAGUCGGAGAGGAUGCAGGAGCGGCAAGCGGACGAGGAGAAGCGGCCGCGGGCAAAGCUGAUAUACAUACCGCCAGGAGGAGGAGAGGAUGAUCUCCAGAUACAGCCGCAGAGCCGUCAAGCAGAACCUGUACAUUCAUGGGGUUUCACACACUGACCUUGAUCAACACCCCCUGCCUGAGGAGGCAGAGACAGUGUGCACACCCCAGCCAAGGGUACUACAGCAAGAUGUGUCCACCUGUAACAGGUCGGGGAGUCCAUCAAUGGUUGCUGUGGGGACAAGCAGGGCUUGGUCUGGGAUUGACAGUUACACAGGAACAGGAAUGAGCACUGAACGCAGCUCUGUCUUCUCCUGGGCUUAUGAUGAGUUUGAUAAAGCGGCGUCUCGUCAGGUCCAGCUGCUGUUUGAGGAGAUUGAUGAGGAGCUGUAUGAGGGGAGAGGAGGAGUACAGCAGGAUGAGUGUAAACUGUGGACAUCACGAUUCCCUCAUCUACGGAUUCUGGGAAAGCAAUUGGUGUGUCCCACAGAUGAAGGUUUUCAGUGGUUCUCUGUCUCCUCUCAUAACAGCAGCUCUGGGUCUCACAGACAGAACACAAGCAACGAGCUGUGUGUGCAGGGACACAGAGCUGCAGUGUGUAUGGAGGUGACACACACCCCUGAUUCCUGUGGUUCCCAUGAAGAAGAGUUACAUAGAGUAAUAGAAGAAGAAGAAGGAUUGAUGGAGGAAUAUCUGGCCUUUGACUGGAGAGACCUUGAUGAUGAGUGUAUGUGUGUGAACAGGAGGAUACACUCUUUGCCCCCUGUGUCACCGUAUCGCUGCAGGAGGGAGGCGGUUCUUGACUUCCUGUUUGAUGACGUGUGGCAGGAGCUGAUUGGCUGUAUGGAGGAACUGCUGAUGAGACUGUGGGAAGGCUGCAGCUCAGAUGAUGAGAAGAGUUCGGCAUCUCUCAGUCCAGCACGGCAUCAAUCCCAUAAUCCCUCAGGGCUGAAGUCCAGCACUUCCUGUACUCUGCCACGUCUCGGCCCCCAACCGCAGCACACUCCUAACACCUUGCACACUCCGAGCACAAAGUCGAAGGGCUCAAAGUCGAGGUGGAAAUCCAAAAAGCAGAGAAAGCCAUCUACUCCCAGUCGGGUGUGUGCAGGAUCAGCAGCAGUGCAGCAUCACACACUGAGUGAGCUGAUUGUGGUUCACGGUCUUCCUUUGCAGCAGCGACACACAACUGCACCGGAGCGCGCUGCACAUGACUCCGAGGACAGGAUAUGCCUCUCUAAGCCCCGCCCUCGCCGCGCUCUGGAACAAAGCCCUUCCCCUUUACCCCGCCCUCCUCCACCAUCGCGGAGACGACCCCUCCCUCCUCGCACACUCCUCCCACUGACCCAAUCCAGCACAGCAGGAAACAUGGAGGACAUUAUCAGAGGGACACGACUAACCCCGGCUGGUGAUCAUCUCUCCUCUUCUGUGAUGACUCUCAGCAGGAACACACUCCUACCCCCCAUUGGCACUGCAGACAAAGAACACACACACUCUGGACAUCACACACACUCUCAGCGUCACCGAGCUCCCUCUAGUCGUGCUCAUAGUUCUGUAGCAGAUGAAGCCAGCAGCUUGCUGGCCUUCUCCAGACCCAACACCACGCACACCUUCAGGUCAGAUACACCUCAUCGCCGCUCUUUCACUGUACUAGACAACAGCGGGCCGGUAAGACCAGGCAGAGCCUCCGUGGGCACAGAUUCCUUAGGUAUUGGUGUAACAGGGAUUAGCUUGGGUAUUAGCAGCUCUUCCUUCUUGGACUCAUUUACCGCUCAUACCCUUGACCACUCCCCCACUGAGGAUGGGGAGGAGCCAGAAAUCAGAGCCCUGCCCCCCGCUCUGCUUGUUCCAGCGUCUGUCCGGUCACACAGUAGAGGAGGCCUGAUGACUCGUGGCAACAGACCAGGACCUUAACACACACACACACACACACACGUAAACACACAAACAGAGCAGUUCUCAGCAGAUAUUUUUCUGCCACCUUUAUGUAUUGUUAUUAUUAUUUUGACGAUUAUUAUUGUUGCUGGGUUUUGUUUGUUUUUUUUAAGAGUCCUAUUUUUGUACAACUGCCAAAGACAAUAGCUAACACACACACACACACACACACACACACACACACACACAGUGCCAUGUUGUUACUGUAGACCUUUUUGGUUCCUGUGUAAUAUAAAUGAGACAAUGACAAACACUACAGGUCACGUGAAUUCUGAGCAUAAUGGGGGAUUUUUUUUAUUAUACUUUUUUAUUGAUUGUUGUCAGGAAAAAGCCUUUGUGAUUAAAGCCUUAGUGCUGUAAGCCAUACCCCACACACACACACACACACACACACACACACACACACAAACAUACACUUUAACGUUUAAAUGGGGAAAUUAAUAUUACAUUUUAAUGAUGAAAUAAAAGUUUUUUUCAAAACUUCA